CUCGUCUUCUUUCCUUUUCGUCGGUUUUUUAUCUGUGUCAGAAAGUGAAAACUUCACCACCGCGAUGUCGAAUCCUAUAAACUGGCAGAAACUCGCGAAAGAACCGGUCCCAGGAUCAGCUUCGCAGGAGCUGAAGGAGCGGGUAACUGGCACGUUCUACAUGCUCAUGGCGCGAGGCUCAGGCUUUGGGGACUCGAUACUCAGACGGACACGGAUAACUGAGGUGUCAUUGAACGCUAGAAUCAACGAGCCAACUAAGAAGGAGGCGACCGUCGUUUGUGAACUAGACGUAGAGGAGGAAAUGACCAACGUACUGGGUAACGUGCACGGUGGAUGCUCUGCCUUUCUGAUUGACAGCUGCUCGUCACUCCCAUUCACUCUCCUCACCGAGACGGGCACCAUGGGUGUUUCACAGGCCAUAAACAUGUUAUAUCACGCGCCUGCGAAAGUCGGCGCUCAUCUGAAGAUCAUAAGCACGACAAUCGCGGUCGGAUCUCGCGUUAUGUCUGCUCGUUCUGAAAUAUGGGACACAACAAAUAAUAGACUCAUCGCAUCAGGAGUUCACGUAAAGAUGGAACCAUCUCCUUCUAAACUAUGACCAAACAGGACGACAUGGCGCCUUGAAAUAACCCUGGCCUAUUCACAAUAUAUUAUGUUUCAACCCCGUACAUCUGAGCGGGGGUUUUUUUUUAUUGAUCAUCUCUAUUCUUAUGCACUCGUAUCAUGCGGCACUGUUGCAUAAUUCAUCUGCAUCUGAAUUCAUGCCAUACGUAUGUGCCGAGGAUAUGUUACUCGU